AUGGGGAAGGAGGGAAGGAUGAAAGAAAAAAGGAGGCAUGGCAGGAUGAGGAAAGGAGAAGGAGAAACAGAAUGGGGAGGAGGGGAGAGCUGUAAGUUCAGGGAGGCUUCUGCUGUGUUAUACUUGCGGCAGGAUGUGACAGAAUGCCUGAAGUACUUUUAUAAAGCGAAGGUGCCAGAAUGGGGAGCUUCCACACCAGGCGCUGCCCGUCUGUGUCAGCGAUUCGUCAACAGGUUCCACUUUGCCACACUGUAUGACACCAACCAUCGCAUUGCAGUCUACUCUGCGUAUCAGUUUGAGCCCAGCAGUGGAGGUGGCAGGGAGAAUAGGUGGUUCGUAGAACCUCAGCUGGUGAAUGAGUCCUGGCAGGCUGAGAUGAAGGAUGGAUAUUGGCUGGGCAUGGACUACCCAGGGGUCUACCAGGGAGAGAAACAAGCUCUCAACGAGGACUACACAAAUUCUGGCUUUGACCGUGGUCACCUCAACCCUAAUGGACACCAUCCAGUACCCAGUCGUAAUGCCACUUUCACCCUGACCAAUGUGGUUCCCCAGAACCCCAAAAUGAAUCAAGGUGCCUGGGGGAACCAUGAGUCCCAGCUCACCUCUCUUUUCCUUGAAAAGUGUUCAAAGGCCAACGUGCUGGUUGGCGCCAUCCCCUCAGCGAACAACUGGAUUAUCAAAAACAACGUGAAGCGUGUCAACAUCCCAGACUAUGUGUGGAACGCCUACUGCUGCGUGGACAACAACAACAGGCCCAUUCAAAGUGGUGCUGGUACAGCAAGAAACACAGAAGAGAACUACGUAGAGAAGCGUUCACUGGAUGAACUGGGUGCAUUCCUGCAGCAGGUUUCCAAUAAACCAGUAGGGGAGCUGUUUUACAACAACUGCCGAGCAUAAAUGACUGGCAAAAAUCAUAUAUAGUUACCUGAUAUAGUCUUAUAUAGUUAUAUAAGUUAUCUUAUACAGUUUGACAAUAGUUCAGACUCCACAUUACAUUUGAACAUCCAUUCUGCCAUCCAUCUUCUGCUGCAGUUUUAUACUGUUCAACUAGUAAGGGUUGGUCCUUUCUGGGGCGGUCAGUGGGUCAGAGGCAGAGAACACCCUCAACAGGUCACCAGCACAUCAUGCAAACAAGCUUUAACUCACAAAAUCCCAUUUAAAGGCAAUUAAAUUAGAUUGAAACAGAUACAAAAUUGUUUAUAAUGUCUUCAACAAAAGCAACCCAAAAAGGAGCGAAAUAUUUUAACAUAUUCAAAGUAUGCUACAGUUUAAAAGCUUUAAACCCUUACUGGCUGAAUUUAUUUAAAAUUAUAUUUUAAAAUAAACUACUGGUGUUUUUGGUGUCGAACAAAUACUAAAUAAGGUAGCAGCUAUUAAUGUGUUUAUAACACACACAAUAGAUAUAAAUGUAGGUAUUUAGUAUGCAAGCCAGAAAAAUUUGCCAGAUUUUGACAUUAUUUCGAGGAUUAGAUGGAAGGAAAGGGCUUUGAAAAUGAUCCUGGGUAUGUGUGGAAUAUGCUUAAACAGUUAUCAGUAGCAUGGCAUCAAAACCCAAAGCAGCUUGAGGUGAAUUUGUGACAAUAGUCUAAAAGGGGUUAAGGCUAAUAAAACAAUGAACAUUUGUCUAUUUACCAAGAAUCUGUAUUAAUAAAAGCAUGUUUUAUAGAACCAUUAUGACUGCUCAUUUCUAUCUGUCUCGUGACAUACACAAACAAACACCAGUGAUCUGGAAUGUGUUUUUUAUGGGGGAUGUUGUCUUAAAGGUUCUCUUAGCGCAAGAGCAACAGAGACCCAGGUCUACCACAUAAGACAGGACCCAAGAAGCAGGCUGAACAAGGAUGUCCUUGAAACAGUUCAGCACAGUAGCUGACUGACGAAGUGGAUAUGAAAAAACAUAACUAGAUGUCAUGCUUUGUGAGGUUUGAAAAAAUGAAAAAAGCCUGAAACCAAACACAAAGGAAUGAAGUAUUGUGGCCCUACUGAAAAUAAUAAAGAACCGAAUACCACAAGGCCUUUCUGAAAAUGAUGAAUAACCCAGAAUGAUUAAACAAUAAACACAAAAAAAAGUGGUUUAGAUCCAGACUCUAAACAGGUGAUGGCUUACUAACUCAGGAUUGUAGUGGUAUGAAAGUAUGACAAAGGGAUAAUAAUGACUUCGGUGCAUAGUAAUAAGUUACAUUUACUCAAUUACAUUUAAUGUAGUUACAUGCCGAAAAAAAAAAAAAAAAUCAUUAAGAGUAGUUUUACUCCUCCUCGACUAAUUUUACUUUGAAGUAACACUACUCUACCCUGCUUCACUGAGUGAAGAACAUUGUAAUCAAAUAUGCCCCCAACACAGAAAUAGACAUUAGGGUAACCACUUCUUGUAUGUU